CAGAGUUUCCCGGCGGGGGCGGCCGGGGCCGGCUCUGCCCGCGGCGCUGCCGGCGUCUCCCCCCUGCCGGUGCCGGUGCCGGUGCCGGGGGAGGCGGCGCGGGGAGCGGAGGGAAGGCAGCUUCGGUUUCGCUCCGUAUCCGGCUCCGGGCAGAGGCGGCGACCAUAGCGGGGAGGAGGCGAGAGGGGGAGAAAGCGGCCACUGCGGCGGGGGGCGGCCGGCUGUCACCUUGCCGCCGAGGUGCUGCCCGGGGACCGAGGCGCGGCGCCCCCCUCCCCACCCCACCCCUCAUCGCCCUCCCCAGAUGCGCGGCGGGGGGAGACCCGUGCCGCCGACCCCCCGGCCCUAGGCGCUCGGAAAGCGGAAGAGGAGGAAGAGGAGGAAGAAGAGGAGGAAGAAAGAGGAGCAGCCGCCGCCGAGCCCGGGGGGCAGCGGCGAAGCCUCCGCCGUGCCCGCGGGGAGGCCGAUGGCGGAGCGCGGCGGCGGCGGCGGCGGGGGGCUGCCCGCCUCCCCCGGGCCGCUGCGGGGGAAGGUGGCCUGCAGGGCAGGGGACGGCGACGGAGGAGGAGGAGGAGGAGGAGGAGGGAGAUCCCGCUUUGACAGCGCGGGCAGCAGGGUCUCCAACGGGGACUGCGCCCCGCUGGGGGCCGGCGAGGAGCCGGGAUCGGCCCCCCCUGGAAGCCCGGAGAGCGGCGGCAAGGAGAAAGGGGCUCCGGGGGGGCUGCAGCGAGAGGGCAAGCCCGGCAUCCCCCGGAGGAGCAGCAUCAUUAAGGAUGGUACGAAACAAAAGAGAGAACGGAAAAAGACUGUGUCGUUUAGCAGUAUGCCAACUGAGAAGAAGAUCAGCAGUGCAAGUGACUGUAUAAAUGCGAUGGUUGAAGGCUCUGAGCUCAAAAAGAUUCGAUCCAACUCUAGGGUGUAUCACCGAUACUUCCUUUUAGAUGCGGAUAUGCAAUCUCUACGCUGGGAACCUUCAAAAAAGGAUUCUGAAAAAGCAAAGAUUGAUAUUAAAUCAAUCAAAGAAGUAAGAACAGGAAAAAAUACAGAUAUUUUUCGCAGCAAUGGAAUCUAUGACCAGAUAUCAGAAGACUGUGCAUUUUCAAUUAUAUAUGGAGAAAACUAUGAGUCACUAGAUCUUGUUGCUAACUCAGCAGAUAUUGCAAAUGUUUGGGUUACUGGCUUAAGAUACCUGAUUUCUUAUGGUAAACAUACUUUAGAUAUGAUAGAAAGUACUCAAGAUAAUAUGCGGACUUCAUGGCUUUCACAAAUGUUCAGUGAAUCAGAUGUAGAUAAUUUGGGACAUAUACCCCUCUGUAACGCUGUGCAGUUUAUAAAAGACUUAAAUCCUGGUUUGAAAACAAAUAAAAUUGAACUAAAAUUCAAGGAGUUACAUAGAUCAAAGGAAAAAACUGGUACUGAAGUAACAAAAGAAGAGUUUAUUGAAGUUUUUCAUGAGCUUUGUACCCGACCUGAAAUCUAUUUCCUCUUGGUUCAGUUUUCAAGCAAUAAAGAAUUCCUAGAUACCAAGGACCUUAUGAUGUUUUUAGAAGCAGAACAGGGUAUGGCACAUGUCACGGAAGAAAUAAGCCUUGAAAUUAUUCAGAAAUAUGAGCCAGCCAAAGAGGGCCAGGAAAAGGGUUGGCUGUCUAUAGAUGGGUUUACAAAUUACCUUACUUCACCAGACUGCCACAUAUUUGAUCCAGAACAUAAAAAAGUUUGUCAAGACAUGAAACAGCCGUUAUCCCAUUAUUUUAUAAAUUCAUCUCAUAAUACAUACUUGAUAGAGGAUCAGUUUCGAGGGCCUUCUGAUAUCACAGGUUAUAUUCGCGCUCUUAAAAUGGGUUGUCGAAGUGUUGAACUGGACGUGUGGGACGGUCCAGAUAACGAGCCUGUGAUUUACACAGGCCAUACAAUGACGUCACAGAUUGUCUUCCGUAGUGUGAUUGACAUUAUUAACAAGUAUGCAUUUUUUGCUUCAGAAUAUCCUCUUAUUUUGUGUUUAGAAAAUCAUUGUUCUAUUAAGCAGCAGAAAGUGAUGGUACAACACAUGAAGAAAAUUUUGGGGGACAAACUACAUACACAGUCUCCAAACAUUGAAGACUCUUAUCUUCCAUCACCAGAAUCACUUAAAGGGAAAAUACUAAUUAAAGCAAAGAAGCUUUCCUCUAAUUGUUCUGGACUAGAGGGAGAUGUUACAGAUGAAGAUGAAGGAGCAGAAAUGUCACAGAGAGUGGGGAAAGAGGGUGUAGAACAACAAAACUCUUUGACUGGGAAACGAUUUCAGCUCUGCAAAGAGCUCUCCGAGUUGGUAAGCAUAUGUAAAUCAGUUCAGUUCAAAGAGUUUCAAGUUUCAUUUCAGCUCCAGAAGUACUGGGAAGUGUGCUCAUUUAAUGAAGUGCUUGCUAGCAAAUACGCCAAUGAAAACCCAGGGGACUUUGUAAAUUAUAACAAACGUUUUCUUGCCAGAGUUUUUCCCAGUCCUAUGAGGAUUGACUCCAGUAACAUGAAUCCCCAGGAUUUUUGGAAAUGUGGUUGUCAGAUAGUAGCCAUGAACUUUCAAACGCCUGGCCUAAUGAUGGAUCUUAACAUCGGUUGGUUUCGACAAAAUGGAAACUGUGGCUAUGUCCUUCGUCCUGCUAUCAUGAGAGAAGAAGUAUCCUUCUUCAGUGCAAAUACAAAAGACACUGUGCCUGGAGUCUCACCUCAGCUGCUUCAUAUUAAAAUCAUUAGUGGGCAAAACUUUCCUAAACCCAAAGGAUCAGGUGCCAAAGGUGAUGUUGUGGAUCCUUAUGUCUAUGUUGAAAUACAUGGAAUCCCUGCUGACUGUGCAGAGCAAAGGACAAAAACUAUGCACCAGAAUGGGGAUAAUCCAAUUUUUGAUGAAAGUUUUGAAUUUCAAAUAAAUUUACCAGAACUAGCGAUGGUGCGUUUUGUAGUACUGGAUGAUGAUUACAUUGGGGAUGAGUUUAUCGGGCAAUACACUAUUCCCUUUGAGUGUCUACAGACUGGUUAUCGGCAUGUUCCUCUGCAGUCUUUAACUGGUGAGAUGUUGGCACAUGCUUCCUUGUUCGUGCAUGUGGCCAUUACUAAUCGAAGGGGUGGUGGGAAACCUCAUAAGCGGGGCCUCUCUGUGAGGAAGGGCAAGAAAUCAAGGGAGUAUGCUUCUGUGAGAACGCUGUGGAUUAAAACAAUAGAUGAAGUGUUCAAGAAUGCUCUCCAACCUAUACGGGAUGCCACGGAUUUGAGAGAAAAUAUGCAGAAUGCAGUAGUGUCAUUCAAAGAAUUAUGUGGCCUCUCUCCUGUAGCAAAUCUUAUGCAGUGCAUUUUGGCAGUGUCUACGCGCUUGGUCGGGCCUGAUAAUACACCCUUGGUAGUACUGAAUCUCAAUGAUCAGUAUCCGACUAUGGAGCUCCAAGGGAUUGUUCCAGAGGUCUUGAAAAAGAUCGUAACAGCAUAUGACAUGAUGAUUCAGACCAUCAGGACUCUAGUUGAAAAUACAGAUAGCUUGUAUGAGAAGAUAGUACAAUGUCAGAAAGCAGCAAUGGAGUUUCAUGAAAACCUGCACAAUAUAGGAGCAAGAGAAGGCUUGAAAGAAAGAAAACUGCAAAAAUCAGUAGAAAGUUUUACGUGGAAUAUUACAAUUUUAAAGGGACAAGCUGAUCUUCUCAAAUAUGCUAAAAAUGAAGCACUGGAGAAUCUGAAACAAAUCCACUAUGCCACUCUUUCAUGUGGACUUAAUAAGCCAGGCACUGAAAACGCAGAAAUCUCAAAACCUCGUCGAAGCCUGGAGGUCAUACCUGAAAAAGCAGGUGAUGAAAAUGGAGAAUGAGAGAAUGCUCUUCUCGUAAUUAUGGAGUUUAUAACUCUGUGACCAAUUGUAGCUGCAUAGGACGUUUGCUUUGCACUUACUGUUGGAAAAUAUUUGGGAUUUUCAAAGCACAACUGGAGAAGCUAAUUACAAUCUAUUGAAACUGUGAAUGUAUGUAGCAACUCUGCUUGUGAAGGCAAUGAUAUUGUGUAACAUGGAAAUUACGUUAUUGGCCAAAAUAUAGUAUAUAUGUAAAAGAUACUGUAAUUCAGUAAUAGCGUGCUGAAAAGUUCAUUAUAGUGCCGUAGGGAAAUGAACAUUUCUUAAAUGAGCUGUAAUUAGAGGGAAAACAGUUCACAGAAUUUGACAAGAUGCCUUGAUUUUCAAACAGAUUAGAUGUACAGGUCCUUUAUUUCUCUGUACAGGUUGGUAAUUGUGCUAGCAAGGUGAACUAUUGUGCACCUAACUUUUGAAAAUGAGGUCCAAGAAAGUAGGAUCCACAUGUUUCACACUAUAUGUCAUUCAGCCAGUCAGAUAUUUGGGUUUGAAGUGGUAUUGAUUUUAUUGUUGAGCCAUAAAUUAAAACGAGAAUGUAAUUAGACAGUGAUCACUGACUUCAGUGCACUAUAGGAGAGCCAUUAUGUAAAAGGAAAAUGUGCAAUCAAUCUGAUAGCCUAUGUCAGAAAAAGAUACAUACCUAUUUUGCCUAAGAUCUUCUGCAAAUGUGUGUAGAUAAUGUGACCAAACUGCAAGCAAAAUGUUGUAAAUAGUUUUUCAUUUUGUGAAGUGAAGUGCUCAUAUUAAAAAGUUUUAUGAGAUUGCUCCCAAACAAGUAAAGCUUUUAACUAAAUUUUAACUUUUUUAUUUUUCAAGUAUUUUCUUCCUUACAGAAUAAGCGAUAUCUCAGUAAGCAGAUUUGUCAAAAAAUUGCUGUUCUGGUUCUGUUUGUUUGGUUUUAUGACAACAUUAGGUAAAGGUAUUGUAGCUGAUAUGCUCAUUGUAAAAUGACUAUACCAACCUAGAGUGUUCUCUUACUGUUUCUGAUUUAACAAUAAAAUGGACUAUAUAAUUACAGAAGCUAAUAAAUUUGAAGAAAAACAAGCAAAAUCCUAAAGAGAUCAAAAUGCAGUUUUUGUUCAGUCGUGGGAAAAAGGGGAAGGUUGUGAUGUCUGUUGAAAAGUACUGUUUUAAUUAGAGCUCUUCAAGACAGGCAUUCUACACAGAUCAAUUAUUUUAACCAAUUCAAGAUCCAAUUUCUGCAUUUAGGUUGUAAUGAACAUCUACAUAUAUAUAACAUCGUGGAAAAGUCAAUGGAUCUCUAACCGAGAACGUCAGUAUACUUACACUUCAUCUGAAUUAUUAGAAACUUAAAUUUAUUUUUUAGUCUUUAUAAAAUUAAAGGAAAAGAAUGAUAAAAACAAUUUGCAUAAUAAAUGUCACAUCUUAGCUUGCAUUUUUAAAUGUCAAACUGAAUAGGUUAGGAGCAGUUUUAGAAGGUGGUAAGCUCUUUCCGUGUCCGGUGACAGAUCAUAUGCCUCAAUAUUAUAGUCCUGCCAGGAAUGAGUUCUACUCCGUGUCACACAAAAUGAAGCAUUUAACCUGUGGUGAACACCUGCUAGCAUUGCUUUGUGAACAGUCCCUCUCUACGUUAUCAGCUGCAAGUCUUCAAUGGCACAUGAAGUUGAUGGCAAGCAACACGAAAUUGGCUGUUACUAACUGUACUCCAACACAAUAUGAAAUUAGUCUUCCAGGGUCAAAUCUAUUCCUGAAUUAUCUACAGGAAAAUAAGUGUGUUACAUCAAGAUUCAGCUGGGCCACAAAUAGGCAAGGUCAGUUUCACUUUAUCAGAAAAUCCCAAACCGAGGCUGCUGGAGUUUUACCACUGACUUUUAGUCCUAAUUGAAAGGUGUGGACUUUGGAAAAACAUCAGUACAGUUAGCAUUAUAGGCCUAAAAGCCAGUGAAGCUCCAUAAGCAGUCUUUGCCCACCAUCGUUUGCCUGGCAUUUACAUAGUUACAUAAUUUAUAUCACAAACAAAGCAUUUCUGUAGAGCCUCUUUCUUCAGCCAGGUUAUCAGAAUUAAUGGCUUAGGCAUUCUCCCUAUUUAUAUAUUCCUGCUUAGCUCAUUGCAUCCUUGAAAGACGUUGGUUAACAUUGAAAGGAUUAAACACAAAUAAGGUUGUUUGGUGGUUUUUUCUUCACUUUAAAGCAAAAAAAAAAAGUAAGUUAAAGAUGAGUAUUAUGUGAGUUAGGGCUGAUAGAUUUUGUAUGUUGAACUCUACGAUAUAUAUUACCCCUCUGAUCCUGUUGAAUCUUGUUAAAAAGGCAAAUUAAUACUGUUUCUGGAGAAAUAUCCUUAUAUAGUACCUGCUUAAAACAAACAAACAAACAAAAAGUUAAAAUGUAUGCAUUUAACGGGAUGAUAAUUUAAAUACUUUUGGAUUCUAGUGUAACACUAAGUCCUGAAAAUGGAGGUUGCUUUUGUGCUUUAUGCAAUACUCAGUCCAAAUCCGUAUGUACCAUACAGCCUUAAAAUGAAUUCAAUCAAGCAGAUACUUUGAAAGAUGAUGUGUAGCUAAAAAUCCUUCAGGGAGUUUACAUGUUGCAUGUUAAGAGAAUUCAGGAUAAACACCUGCAAGCAAAGUAUCAGGUUCUAUUGUUAACCCAGUAAUGAUAAUUUCAAAACCAAAUUUAUUAAAAUAUUUUUCUCAGUUGUACUUUCUUAAAAGCAUUCUUUGCAUCCACAAUGCAAUUUAUUUUUAUUGUUAGUCCCUUUUGACAGUGGAUUUUUUUAGGUUGUAUAGAAGAUCAAACACCCAAGGUCUGGUGAAGUAUUCCAAAUAAAAUUAAUCAGAGGUUGACUUUACACUUUUCUUUGCCUUUAUUUGCUUAAAUGCGCUGUAAUGCAGUUGAACUGUUUACAUAGUUCAGAACUGUUAAAGAUGGAGCCAACACGCAAAUGACUGUUUAUCCGACUGCCUUUUUAGCUUUUGUUUGGCUCCAGUAAUCAGUGAGCGUGUAUGGGUAUGUAUGGAGACACAAGUCAACGUAUUGCUUAAUUUAAAAGAAAAUACUAAUUGGGAAAGGAAAAGUUCACAUAUGGAUUAUUAACCAUGUAGACACUAAGAGUGAGUUCAUUUUUAAACACAAGAAAACGGGUAAAAUGGUGUCUUCUUGUAAAAGGAGCAACUCUGUAAAAUAAAAACCUCAUCUUUGUUCCUCCUGCCUAACCCCCCUUUUUCAUCAGUUGUGCUUGGUGUGGUAUGUAGCAGCCACUGGAGAUGCAAUUACAGAGCCCGGGAUCAUGCCCUUCAUCCUCUGAACUCACCGACCAGCUGCAGGGGACAGCUCAGUCCUCUGAGAAUUCUUCCAGCGACACUUCCUGAGGGGCUCUUCUGCCUAUUUAUGCCACCAGAAGAGCAAAAGCAUUCAAAACAGAGCUCAGGGACACGUCCUGGUGAAGUCGCGGCCUUUCUGCUCUCAGUGGCAGUCUUCCUGUUCAAGUCAACCGGAUCAGGACUGAUGCACAGUGUUGCGAACUUUCCCCUCCAUCUUGGAUCUUUUGUUUCUGUACCUUCUCUUCACGUUCCUGUGUUGCUGCAGCAAGGAGUACUAGGUGGGUGCCCCACACAACUUCAAGCUUGCCCAUGUGGGCACAGUGAAAGAUGCUCACGGGAUGAGUCAAGCCUUUUUUCAGCUACUUCGUACAGCACAGAAAUAUUUUUAUAAGACUCCAUGGCUGGUUACCAUAUUCACUUUUUCCUGUUUUGAAGUUGAAGCAGCAGAGAGAUGAUUCAGAGUUGCCAGCAUGAAAAAUGGAAGUGAGUUCCAAGCUGACUAAAAAUUUUAACUCUGGCCUACUGAUCAAAUGAGCAAAUCUGAAAGGACCCAAUCUUCCAGACUCGCAGUUCUGAAGUUUUCCUUCCAUUUGUAUGACUUCCUAGUUUUUGUAGUGCAUGAACGUAGUCUUCUUAUUAUGUGCAUUGAUUGAUGCACAGGUCAAGGAAACUCCUGAAUGUCCUGUGCGCAAUAUAACAACGUUUCCUUAAGCCUUAGCCUACCUAGUUUUACAUCUGUGUUAAGGUUCAAAAAGAAUAUAAAGAGUAGUAUUUGCAAAAAGGGCAAUCAUACAGCCAUAUUUGCAGCACAACACGCACAUAUGAAUGAUGGCAUGUCCUUCACUGUGAAUUCAUUUCAUCACCACUAGUUAGCGGUUGGAGAGCUGCUGCCGGAGGAUGACCAACCAUGGGCUGUCAAUAGCAUGAGCAAAGUCCUGAAACCUGUGAAGUCAUCAGCGUGCUGCUUUUGCCUUUAAUGGGUGUAGGACUUCACCGCCUUUUUCGUUUUCUGUCCACACCUCCUCAGUCUGACCCAUUAAGCUUGCUAAGCAGAAUAUUUAAUAGCUUGGUUUAAAAAUUUAUAGAUCUGCCUGUAUCCCGUAAUGACCUCCACUCUUUUGAACUCCUGUAAACAUUUUUAAAAAAAUCUCCACAGUUCCUUCAACCUUCUGAUUCCUUUUUCCCCUGUUUUGAAAGGCGCUGUUGGACAGGUCCGUUCGAUAAUUUUCAAAACUAACCCAUGUGAUUCUCUUUUUUUCAUUACAACUUGUUUGUCCUCAGUAAGAAAAAGGCAGUAAAACUCUUUGAGGUUUUCUGGUUAUUUCUGUUUCUGGACACUAUUAAACUUCCCUUUCUGACUCAUCACCUCUGUUCUCUGGGUGGCUGUGGAAAGGCAGAGUAGCAAAAAGCACGACAGAAAGAUUAGAAACAGAGCUCGAGUAAAGAGCAACAAGAAGUCCUCAUGGGCACGGGGUUUGUUGUGCUCAGUGGACAACAUCCAUCGCUGCCCACUGAGCUGGAAAAGCAGUUCAGGACUGAAAGGUGGCCGUGAGGGGAAGGGAGUGGGGAGGAAGGCACACGGAGCUGGAUGUUAAACAAAAACAAAGAAUUUUAGCCCACGGGAUGGCAUGGCCUCAGCUGCAUCCUGCAGGGCCCCUAGUGCUUUCCAGAGAUGUUACCGGUCCCUUGGGACGAAAGCGUGCCAGUCCUCCCCAUGACAACACCUGGCGUGGCACAUCGGGCAGCAGUGCUGGGGAGCAGGUGAGGUGUGGACGCCGAACUCUUUGUUAAUUUAGCUUUCUGUGCCCGGUUGCCUGUGCCACCUUGACACCUCAGCUCCGAGGAGUUCCUGCUCUGUGCCGCGGCAGGAGGGGCUCGCACAGCCAGGUGCGGUCAGCUGUCACACAGCUCUCCUGCUCGGCUGAGAGCGAUCCGGCCUCACUAAAGCCACCUGCGGUCUGUGGAAGAGCCGUCUGAGUGAGGUUAGGUGUUUCGUUAGGAGCUGAUUUCCAUGCAGACCAAUGUGGAGGAGCGGAGGGCACAGCACUGCGCUGGGAGCUGGGAACUAACGGGGAGAAGGAAACCAGCACAGCCAGGAAACGGAGCGCAGGAACACAAAGGCUGGGUUUUGUUCUCUGUCCCUUGGUUUCCUCCAUUGAUAAAUUGGAGGAAAUGACACCUAGCACAUUUUGAAGUAGCAGAAGAAACAUACUGUGCCACCGCAGAAAAAAUAACCCCCCCAGAAGCCUGCUAGGAGUGAAAUAAACUGCCAUAUAAAUA